CGAAAUAAAACUUAUCUUUCAAUCAACGACUUCUUCUAAGAAAUACAUAAAAAUGUCGUAAAAGAUUUAUUGUAUGAACUUGAUGUUGCAUUUCAGUAAUGCAAACAUGAAAACAUUACUUGGUAUAGUAAUUCUUCUGGCAUUAAAUAAUACAAUAAAAUGCGAGAGUUUGAAAGAAACGCAGAUUAUAAUCAAAUCAUUAUCACCUCCGAAGAAACUGGUAAAACAAAGUAAUAUAAAAAUAAUGAAUGCUAGAAAAUUCGGGAAUUUACACGCACUGGAAAGUCGCAGAGCGAAUGUCGAGAAGAAACGUGAAUACAAAGAAUCUUACACUGUCUUCCCACCUAUACCAGACAAAAGAUUACUUGAAGAUCCCGAUAGUACUUAUUUUGUUGGAGAUGUCUUAUCUGACCGAAAGGCAAGAGUUAAAAAAGUUUUACCCGAAUAUAGUUCAGUAGUAUUCAGAAGGAAAAGAUCCAUCAAUAACGAUACAAAAUUAGAGGAAAUUGCAAAUGAAAAGGAUUCGAAUAGAAGAAGAAAUCGAAAAACGAUUAAAGAUGAUCGUAAAAAUAAACCGAGGCGUAUAAGGAAAACCAAAAAAUUAGACAAAGUAAAAAAAUUGGCAAGACAAGGAAACCAGAAGGACAAUAUUUCGGACGUCAAAAAAAAUAAACAAAAGAAGCGAUCGACAGUACAGCUAAAAUACGCAAAAAAAGUCAAUAACACGAUGAAAAUACAAUCAAAGAAAAAUGUUGUAAAGAAAAAUAAAAAAGCGAAAAGAGAAAGAGAAAACCGACAUCAAGAAAGAAAAGAAAUAAGCAGACGCUUAAUAGCUGGAAGGGACGCCAUGAUACAGGACUAUCCGUACGUGGUUUCCAUUCAGAAGGGUAACGAGCACUGGUGCGCGGGUGCAUUGUUGAAUCCGCGUCUCGUUAUCACAACUGCGAAUUGCGUUUGGAAAGCUCGUAGUGUUAGUCGUAUGCGAAUAAGAGCCGGCACCAGACACAUGGCGAGAGGAGGCCAAGUCGCAAAAAUCCAAGAGGUCGUGAAACACCCCGGCUGGAGUAUCCGAAGUCAACCAGAUUAUGACGUCGCAUUAUUACUUUUGGAUAGAAAUAUUAAGUUUUCAGAUAAAGUCCACGGCGUAGAUCUUCCAAAUCGAGCUAUGUGGCCAGCUUUUGAAGAUGUUUGGGUGACCAGCUGGGGAUCCGAUAGACGAGACGGUAUAUUUCAAGGAGUUGCUGUUUCACUACAAGUGUAUCACGCAAUACUGAUAGACCACGACAAGUGUAACAACAUCACGCAACGCUUCGGGGUUGCGGUUACGCGCAAUUUUAUAUGCGUUGCACAGACUGGGCGACGAGCGCCUUGUACGCGCGACACAGGAGCACCGGCAGUGAGUGAUGGUAUUUUAUGGGGACUUGCGUCUUGGGGUAUCCGGAAACUAUGUGGUACAGAACGCUUUCCAGCAAUGUUCUCAUAUCUUGCGUCACGGUCAAAUCUUGACUUUAUAACGAAUGCCACUCACUACUUGAUGUCGGAUAAACGCUUCUACCCAUAUCCGGACCGUUAUAUUCCCGUGAAAGCAGAAACUACCUCAAGUCCUGAAACAACCACUUUUACGUACUAGAUUCGCUUUUCAUUACGUAUAUUUUUUUAAAUAAUAAUAAUAAUAUAUAUAUAUAUAUAU